GAGCACAAAUUAAAUCUAAUUUUCAAUAUAUUUGUGACAUGACGAUGUGUGUUCAUCGUUCACAUUCAGCAUCAGAUGAAGAGUCACGAGCUCCGGCGGAAUGAAUGUGUGUUUGAAAAUGACGGAGACAUACAACGCUGUGACCGAAGCUGGACAGUUUGACAGUAAGAAUAUAAAAAUGGAUGUGUCAAAGAGGAUCAUGAGAAAUCUGGAACCGGCAAGGCCACUGCGUCGCCUAAACAUGAAUCAAGACUUGUCACCUAUAGUGUCUCAAAGCAAUGCUGAAAUCAAGCCUGUCACAAAGAGAGUAGAAAAGCCAGACAACAACAUUAAAGUGGAGCAGUUGUAUGAAAUCCUUCAUCUUCAAAGCACCAGUAUCCAACCAAAAAAGAAAGAAAGAAUAUGCUACACCAGGGAUUUCCUCAUCAAGAUGGCAAGUUGUCCAGCAGCCAAGAAGAAACCUGAGUUUUUACCAGAACAUCCAGUAGUUUUGGAGAAUGGAAGAACCAAUGAUGUGCCAAGACUUUUUUCAAGCCAAAUGGAACAAGAAUGAGGACAUGUACGUUCAUCAAACUCGCACCUCAAACAAGGAAUUCAGAUUGUUGCAAUUAGUACUUUGCGUGUUACAUAAUAGUGGUGUAACCUAGUGAAUGAUUAACAGUUUACACAAAUUUCUUUUCAUAGGGUUGCCUAAUGUGGAGAAUUCCAUUUUUGUUUUUCUUUUCUUUUUUUUUUAUACAAAUAAGGGGCUCUAAAAACUACUACAUGGGGACCAAAGCAGAAUUUUUUUUUUAAAUAUCACCUUUGUCACAAGCAAAGUUUCUUAUGUAUAAAAAAGGUUUAAAAAAACACUUCAUCUUACAAUGAAAGGAAUUGCAAAGAAAUAAAUACUCAUUGAAAAAAAGAAAGAAAGAAAAAAUCUCCUUGGAUGCUUAAAACAUUAAAAAAUCUAUGUAGGUGAUACAAUGUUCAUUUAUCCAGAAAGUACCAUGGCUGUGAAUUGCAAAACAAAACAACAAAUCAUAUAACACAACAGCAAAUCAGAAAACAUAACAGCAAAUCAGAAAACACAAUAGCAAGAGAGUAGACACAAACGACAAGUCAGUCGAAAUGGAAAGUGUAGGUAGCUUCUGACCUAAUUGUCUGUGUGGAUGAUAUCUAGCCCUUUUUCGUAAUGAUUGGUUCACUGUCAACUUAACGAUUAUUUCAGUUUCAUU